CUCUCUCGCUCCGGUUCUGUCACUCGCUACCUCUCUCCACCACACACACACGCACACACGCGCCGCAGCUGCCAGCCUGUAUGCGACCCUCCUCGCGCCAGCGGGUGGCCGCCUGGCUGCUCAGGCUGCCGGUGGGGACAGGUGGAGAGGAAUGCCCGAGCCGCGGCCGCUUGGAGAUGAUCUCGUUCUGGCUGCUGUGCUGGAAGCUGUUGAGAGCCACAGCUGGUUUAAGGAAGACAACAGCUGAGCUAACUGACGGUAACCCCGACGACGGUAGCUCUGGCAACAGUCACCCUGCGGAAAAUUCUUCCACUCCCACACAGCCAACCGAUCCAGUUACCAUGGAGAUCAGCUCAUCACCACCACUAACAGACCUGCAAAGAGACAACCCAUUAAGCUGCCGCAGCCAUGAAGUGGAGGAACUCCAUUACCCAGAGUUCCAUGGGUUGGAAGAAGCUGCAGAGGGAGAAAAUGGAAAAAGAGAUGGAGAUGAGUGUGACUAUCUUGUUUUUGAGAUAGGAGAACACAGAGUAGUGGAAAGUGAAGAAGGAAAAGACACUGAGAGACGGGCAGAGGAGGAAGAAGAUGGAGGAAGAGGAGAAACCGAAGGAGAGGAUGAAGGGAGAGGAGAGAUAGAGGGAGAAGAAGGGAGAGGAGAAACGGAAGGGGAAGUUGAAGAGAGAAGAGAAAUAAAGAUAGAAGAUGACGAUAGAGGACAAAUAGAGGGAGAAGAUAGAAGUGAAGAAGAAACAGAGGACAAAGAUUGGGGGAGGAGAGAAAUAGAGGGAGAAGAUGAAGGGCGGGAAAAAAUCAAGGGUGAAGAUGGAGAAAGUGGGGAAACAGAGGAAGGGAUGAAAGAAGAUGCUCUGUCAGAGCUUCUCUUCAUCUCUAGCAGUCCACUGUGUCCCUUAUCAUCUGAGCCCCUGACUGUCACCUUAGAGCAGCCAGCAGCGGCCAUGUCGCAGGAUGCCUGGGGUCACGACCUUGUUAACACAGAUGACCUCAGCGAAGGUCACCUUAGCGACUGCCUCCAGGCUGAGUUGGCUGUGGUGUACUCCGACAGCGAUGCCGGAGACGACCAGUGGGCAGCUUUCACAGCCACUGAGGACUCCAACCAGGAGCAAGCAUGUGUCGGAGAGAGCAAGGAAGACAUGAAAGAAGAUGAGCAGAGGCAAGAGGAAGAAAGGGAGGCAGAGGCAGAGAGUGGAAGAGGUGAGCGGAAGGAGGAGGGAAGAGAGGCGGAGAGGAUGGGUGGCCAGAAUGAUGAGGAGGAGGAUGAAGAACUGAUGAGGAGGAGAGAUCUGUUUCUGCGGUCUCCUUCUGCCAGCUCCACAGCCAGCUCCACAGACCCUGACAGGAGGGUUCCUGCAGAUUUCUGUGUGCACCAGAAGAUGCGCAGUGACAAUGUGUCCACUGAGCAUGUAGACUUUCUCAUGGCCCGUCAGCAGUGGAAAAGGAUGGAGGAAGAGGUCAAAGGUCGGCCCAUCCCCAAACCAGGGCUCAGAGCUCAGGGGAGCUUCCAGGGCACCCACACUUCCCUGUACCCCCCAACUCGCAGCCCUCGACUGAAACACAGGGAGAUCAAUCCACCAGUUCCCAGGGAGCCCCCACUCUCCUCCACCCUGUCCCCCAGUUCAGAGGACUCAGGCCUGGAUGACUCGUCAUACCGCAGCCCCCUGGAGGAGCAGGAGAGUGCUGUGGAGAGAGAGAUCCGACUGACUCUGGAGAGGGAAGAAAGGCAUCGCAGAGAGAGGGGGAUGAUUGCACAGGGUCUAAUUAUACCCAGACCAUCCAGCCUGCAGACAGGACGAUCUCCACCACGACCUCCCGCCUGCCGCACCCCUACUCUGUCCGUCUCCCCUUCCCCUCCCUGCUCCUCCUCCCUUCCCCGAUCUGUCUACCAUGAAAUGACAGCUAAUAACGUCAUCAUCCUGGAGCCCGACUCCUCCAGCUCUGCCUCCAGAAACCGCCUCAUCUCCUCCACAAUCGGGGGUCUGUCCGAUUGGCCGACAAGCCUGGAUGUGGUGCCCUCCACCAACGUCAUUGUCGUGGAAACCUCCAACUUAAUCAUUCGCAGUGCCUCUGAGUUUUGCCUGAGCUCCGCUGCCCCCGUGACGAUGGGAACUCAGGAGAGCACUUUCUCAUCCAAUCCGUUUUUUAAGCUGCGCUCCAUCAGCAGCCAGUCACUGGUGGAACGGGAGAUCAAGAUAGUGAGGCAGAGGGAGGAGGAGUGGAGGAGGCAGAGGGAGGAGAUGUGGAAGAGGAGAAGAGAGGAGGAGUGGAGGAGAGGGAGAGAGAGGUAUGAUACUGUGCUGGUGUCUCCAGGCCUGAAUGAUAACAUCAGUUUCAAUGUGCCAGAGGUUCCAGACAGAUGUGUUUCCUCCCCCUCAUCCCCCUCCAGAACCCGCAAAAUGGAGCGAUCCAGUUUGUCUUGUGACCACAAGUUGGACUGAUUAAUACUUUAAUCCAUUAGUUCACAAUUUAGCAAAUAUAUACAUUUUUCAGCUCAUUUUUUCAUCUACCCAUCACUCCUGCAUCCAACCCCCCCCCCACACACACAAUUUCGCCAACUAUCCCAUCGUCUGUUCAUUUGGCUUUUUUCAAAAUCCAUCCGUCCAUCAUCCAUUUUCCAUCAUCCAUCAUCCAUCAUCCAUCAUCCAUCAAUCAUCCAUCGAUCAUCCAUCCAUCUAACCUGGUUCCAGUGGUUUAGCUGAAUCUCCCCCUCCCUCCAGUUCCCUACUUCCCUCUCUUCAGUGCCUCAACGACAGAAUGCGAUGGCGGAGCGAUGGGAGGCCUCCCUCUUAGCCAAUCAGAAGAAGGAUUGAGCAACAACAGCACUCAACUGUCUGCCAUUUAAAAGCCAGAAGGAAGUCCCACAGUUGUUUUAUCCCGUAGUUUGUUCAUAAAACAACACCCAUCCCUGUUUGUUAGCAGCCACUGUCUACUGCAGUGCUUGUCAGAACUAUGGGUGAGAACCAGCGGGUUGGUCUGUUUUUUUGCUGGACAAGGUUGGUUUCACAGAUUAAGACUUUUUAACUAGUCUGUGUUUUCAUUAUGUUUUUGUGGCUGGAAUAAGACAAGUCCUGCUGUCAAAGUCAAAUAGAAUUGUUUGAAACAGUAUGACAAUAGAACAGCCUGACACUUUUUCUUGAUUUAUAAUAGCUUUUGUGGAAUUCUAUGGCACAUUCUUAGGAGGUGUUUAGUUAUAAAAUUGCAAUUAAAAUAACACUACAGUUUUUGACAAGCAGGUCCAUAUUUUAUGGAAACUUUGGAAACAUGUCAAAAGAUGCUGCAUUCUCUUUCAAUAUUUAAUAUUUACUGCACUUUGAUUUCUAGACAUUAACUUAUAGUACUCCUACAACUAAUUAUUUGUAUUACUAUCACCGACUGUAAUGCAAUGAUUUUCAAACCCAUUCUGGGCAGCCACAUGCCAAUUUCAGAUCUCAAUGUAGAAGUCUAUAUAUUUUAAAGUGACCACUUUGAAAGUACACCUUUAUUUCAAAAUACUUAAUAAAUAAUUAAGCAUUUUUCAUGAUACAUGUAUUUUAAAGGUGCCUAUCCAGACUUUGAAAAUCACUGACUUAGUUAGAAUGAGCAGUCAAUCAAAGACUUAGAUGGUCUAGGUGUCCCUCUCAGUCGCCUGACAGUGCUAACUGUUAACAGAAUAUCAUCUGGGUCACAUUGCACAUACUAUAAUAUUGUAACCCAGAUAGAGUUCAGUUUUGUGGGCUUUUAUCAACGAAGUAACAAGAAUAAAUAUAUGUAUACUUAUUUGAAAAGUAUAUUAAUCUCAAAGCUGCAUGCAGUGCAUUUUUUCCCUUGCUCUUUCAUCAGAAUAAAAGCAUACAGCAUAGGCAUGGACAUUUUUGACAAAAUCUGGUAAUGCUCUACCCAAACAUACAAAGGCACAUUGAAAUUUCACCUAUUUUAAAAUAGCAGAACUUGUAUCAGCUAGCUAUAACAUUAAUUUGGGUUAAUUCUGUUUGCUACACUUAAUCAUGCAAGCGGAAGCAGUCAGCAAACCAUUAGCUUCUGAGGAAAUAUGUGGCCACAACUGCAAAGAUGAAUUGAGAAUUGAAA